CAUAUAAGCCAGGGCGUGGAGCCGGGCCCCGCAGUGCGCUCCGGACCCGCAGCUCUCAGCAUCCAUCCGCGCAGCCAUGAGCACCGGCGUGUACCAAUCCCCCAUGGAGGUGGCUGUCUAUCAGCUGCACAACUUCUCCAUCUCCUUCUUCUCCUCUUUGCUCGGGGGGGACGUGGUCUCCGUGAAGCUGGAUAACAGUGCCUCCGGAGCCAGCGUGGUGGCCAUUGACAACAAGAUCGAGCAGGCAAUGGUGAGCCGCAGCCUUCUGUCAUCUUUAGGGGUUUGUGGGGGGUGGGGUCCCUGCUCCCCGGAGGUGCCGUGCCCAGCAUAGGGGUCCCCCUGCUCCCCAGCCUGUUGCUGGGCAGAGCGGCUCCUUUGUCUGCCUGCAGCUGGCAGUGCUCAUUGGCUCCGUCUGCGCCGCAGUGCGCAGAGAAACAGGGG